AGCGGUCAUAAACUUCCUUUAGAUGGCGCUAAAGUAUAUGCUAUGUUAAUGCUGAAAGUAACGUUGAGAAAACAGACUCUGAGAUAGGGAUUGAGAGAUUAUAUUGAUGUUAAUUAAAAAACUGAAGCAUCUUAAACUCACAUUAAUGAAAUAUCGCGAGAUAAGGGUUUGCUAAAGCUAUGAACAUAGGCGUUUACGUUGAAAGUGGGUGGCGGCAUAGACAUAUAUACCUAUAGGUGGCGGUAUUGCCCCCUAAGUGCUCUAAAAAGAAACGAAGAAGAAGAAAAGCUCGAUUCCGUGGGCGGGACAAACAAACACCGGGUCAGGAACCAAACAUGCCGCAUUCGCUAAAUAAUCAGUUUGAAUAAGUUCAGGAGAUUGAACAACAGCUUCGAGCUAAAGAUGAGUUCCUUCGCGGGUCGAAUGAAGGAGUACCCCACCAUUUCUCUGGACCGCUUCGACAGGGAGAACCUGCACGCCCGGGCUUAUUUCCUCUCCCACUGUCACAAAGAUCACAUGAAGGGGCUGAAGGGACCGCUGCUGAGGAGGAAGCUGCAGUUCAGUCGUACCGUCAGGCUUUACUGCUCCUUCGUGACCAAAGAGCUGCUGCUGAACAAUCCCAAGUACGCUUUCUGGGAGGAAUACAUCGUUCCUCUUGAGCUGGAAAGCCCGACUCAGAUUUCUCUCGUGGACGAGGCAUCAGGGGAGAAAGAAGACGUUGUGGUGACGUUGCUUCCUGCCGGUCACUGUCCCGGCUCCGUCAUGUUCCUGUUUGAGGGUUCCGGGGGAACCGUGUUGUACACGGGAGACUUCAGGCUGCCUGUCGGAGACGCAUCCAGGAUGGAGCAUCUGCACUCCGGCAGCAGGGUCAAAGACAUUCAGAGCAUCUACCUGGACUCCACCUUCUACGACCCGCGCUUCUAUCAGAUACCGGCCCGGGAGGUCUGUUUGACCGGCAUCUCUGAGCUGGUUGGAAAGUGGAUCAGUCAGAGUCCUCAUCACGUUGUGUGGCUCAACUGUAAAGCUGCGUAUGGAUACGAGUACCUGUUUAUCAACCUGGGAGACGAGUUCAACACACAGAUCCACGUCAACAACCUGGCGAUGUUCAAGAAGAUGCCGGAGAUCCUGAGCUACGUGACGACCGACCGCAGGACUCAGAUACACGCCUGUCGACACCCAAAGGACGAUGAGUUUUUCCAAGGAAACAGGCUGCCGUGUGGAUGCACAGCCGCUGACGGGAUGCCUCUUCGCAUCAUCAGCAUCAAACCGUCCACCAUGUGGUUUGGAGAAAGAACCAAGAAAACCAACGUUAUAAUAAAAACAGGAGCCAGUUCAUACCGAGCCUGCUUCAGCUUCCACUCCUCGUACUCAGAGAUUAAGGACUUCCUGUCGUACCUCCAGCCGGUGAACAUCUACCCCAGUGUUAUUCCGAUUGGUCAAACACUGACUGAGGUCACACAGAUGUUGAAGCUGAUGUGCAGGAAGCAGUCUGAUGAGGCAGCGUUCAUUUACAAACCUCUGGGAGUCCUCAAACGCAACAGGGAGCACCGACCUACUUACGACUCGGAGAGUGAUGAUGAGCUGUUUGACGGGCUCGAUCUGGGACCAGUGAGGAAGAAGAUGGGACUGCAAAAAGAGAAAACUCCUGAAACGACAGCGCCCCCUGUGUGUGUGGAAGAGUCUUUACCGCUGACCAUCACCAACACCCAGGCAGCUGGACAUAAUUAUGUCGACUGCACCGAAUCCAACGGCGAAGAGGACGAUGAGGAGGAGGAGGAAUGUGAAGAGGGAAAGGGAGACGUAAACGUGAUGGAGGAGGGAGAAUGCAAACAGCCGGAGAAUGUUUCCUCUCAGGCUCCGAAAUGGGAAGACUUCUUCACCACUGAGACGCUGACUGACAGCCAGAACAGCCUCAAGAGCCAAUCACAGUCCUGCUGCUCCGAGAUGACAGGCUCAGUGACGCCUGAACUCUUCAGUGAUGAAGAAGCAGCCCCUGAUGGCUUUAGCCUGACGCUGUCUGCCUCUCUGUCCAAUCAUUCCUCACAGAACAUGGACUCGUAUUUACCCGACACCCUGAUCCUCCAACCAGCGCGGGAUGGGCAGGAACAAGGAGACGCAAGGACCAGCGAGACCCAGAAAGAGGAGGUUGAUGAUGUGUUCAUCCAAUCAGAGCCAGAGGAGCGGUCAGAGUCUCAGCUGUCGUCAGACUUCGAUAUUCCCUGCACGCGGGAGUCGAAGGCACCGCGGCCCGAUGAGCUGUCCCAGCUGUACAGGAAGCUGGCUUCAGGAGAAGACGUCAGGGCUCUGGAUUAUCGAAAAGAACAUUAGAGGAACAUUUUAGAGGAGAAACAGUGGCUCCUAAAAAACUGGACAGGUGCGAGUUAAAGCCAGUGUGAGUGUGCCAGGACUGCACACUCACACUGUGAGCUUUAGGAGACCAAAACAAGCAUCUGUCAAACUUUACAGGUCAUGAACCUGCAGCUCAGCUUCACUUUAUAGCAGAGUUGGUGAGAGUGAACGCCCCUCUUUAAGAUCCCUGAUACCACACCAGUGCAGGAAGAGGGGGGGUCAGUGUGCACUCAGUCAACAAGCACCAUCCACCCUCCACAAUGCACAGUGUGUGACUCUUUGACCUACAGCAAUAAAUCAUCUAGCUGGUCAUCAGGGACCAUGAAUUGACAAACAUUUAACUUUAUACCCUUUAGACCUGUAGUUCUAACAUGUUCAGUUUUUGUGUGUAAAAGCGCUCAUCUUCAUGACCUUUCACCGAUAGCUGCGGCUCAGGUGGGAUCUGAAAUAACUCACAUGGUUUCUGCUGUCACAUUCCUCCUGCAGACUGAAGCGAGAACCUCCUCCAGCUUCAGCAUGACCUCCAAACCACACAGACCUCAGUUUGUUAAACCACACACACUCAUUCCUGCACACUUCAAGCCCAUUGGUGGAUUAUUGCACCUGUGCAGGUCACAGCUGGCACUCAUUCCUUCUGCUGGCAGUUUGUGGUUUGUUCUGCUUUUCUUCAGCAGACACGUCAAAGCCAAACUUUUGUUCCAAAAACAAAUAAAGUAUUUAUUUU